UGUGCGGUGCGGUAUGACAACCUCGGCCCGGCACACGGCGCGGGCACCUCCCUCCCAUCCAAAAAUUGUGGGGGCAACUUGGGUAGUGUGUUAUGGGUACGUGUGUCGGCAGGGGGCGAGAACACCCCGUCCGCGGCCACUCAGCAGGGAGGGCAGACAGGGCGGUGGAGGCAGCGCGUGCAGACCCUUCCAUCGCGCCCCCCGUCACCCGUUCCGUUGCCCCUGCCAUCGUGUUAGCCUGUCCUCACGCCCGUCACCCCUGUCAGUUUAGUGCCCCUUCCGCGGCUACUGAGGAGGAACAGGGAGGGCAGACAGGGCAGCAGUGGUAGUGGCGCAUACAACACCUUGUUAUCCCUUCCGUCAAACCCCUGUCAGCUCCAUCACCCCUGCCAGCGUAUUACCUCAUCAGCAGGGUGAUAGAGGAGGCUGUAAGGCAGAGACGGAAGCACAGUGCUGCCAUUUAACUCUACCGUCACCCCUGCCAGCCUAUCGCCUUAUCAGCAGGGAAAGAGAAGAGGGUUUCAACAGAGUUCAUAAGGCAGGGUCAGGAACACGGUGCAUCCCCCCUCCUCCCCCCUACACACCCUCUCCUUUCCCCUGCCAGCUCGUCGCCCUGCUAGCCUAUCACCUUAUCAGCAGGGAGGGAAAAGAAGGUGUUAGCAGGGGUCAUAAAGCAGGGUCGGUAGCACGGUGCAUCCCCCCCCUCCCUCCCCGUCACCCCUGCCACCUUAUCGCCUCGCCCGCCUAUCGCCCGCUUGUCUAGUCACGGAGAGCGUCGCGCCCCGCUGGAUGAGUUAACUAGUCACUGCAUUAGCCUGAGAGCUUCGGCGGCCCAGUGCCCAUGUUAAGCAGCGUCCCUCUUACCACUGGCACUAUUGGCACUACCAGGCUAUCUGUGUGGCUGAUAUCGGGGCACUUGGAACCUGAAGGACACUGAGCCUCAUCUCUUGGGCUGGUGGGAGUCUUGGUGCCACAUGUAGGACCUGGAGGAUAUUCACAGUUAUUAGGCUCUCUGUGUGGCUGGAGGACACUAUGAGCUUCCUCUUGGACUGAUAAGACUUUUGGUGGCUCACGUAGGAUUAGAAGGAUUUUGUCAGCCUCGUGUUGGCCUUGUGUUACACUGUGAAUAAUAUCUGAAUGAAACACUUGGACUUUUACGUGAGACAUACCGCCUUGGACUCUAAGGGCAUCCUGGACUUGUAGGUCACUUGAACCCCAAUGAAGGACUUCAAGGACGUUUAUUACCUCAUUUAGAACUUGUAUUUCGGUGUGAGGAAUCUGUAAACGUGAAUGACAUCUAAAUCUUUACCUUAGGCUGAUUGGUUAUCGAUUGAAGAUGUGAUUUACCUGUUAAGAACAUCACAAGGUGCACCCGCGGCUUGUAGGGCAGGGACACAAGCCUCGGCGUGACACGGGAAGUCUUGCAUCACACGGGCCUCACAAGCGGUAGUUUUUACCUCGAAAACUAUUAGCUUGUGUUGGCCAGCUGCGUGAGGGAACAGACAAACAAAUAAGCAAGAUAGUGAGCCAAAUCAAUCCUGGAUAACAACAACAGUAAGAACAACAACAACGACAACACUAUCAGCCUUUCCCACGUGUAGCCAAGAGGAUAGAGGAAGGAAGGAAGGAGGAAAGAAGAAAAGAAGUAAACAAGGAAAGAACUACUACUACAACAAUAACAACAACAACAACAACAACAACAACAACAACAACAGCCUUUCGUACGUGUAGCCAAGAGGAAAAAGAAAAGAAGAAAAGAAGGAAACAAGGAAAGAACUUCUGCUACAACAACAACAACAACAGCUUCUCGGACGUGCAGGCUCACAGGAAAGAAGAAGAACAAGAGGGAAAGAAACGGAGCACGAGGCCACAGUUAAUCACAUCCCCCAAGGCACCUCAGCGGAACCCAACCUGCUGUACGCCCCCCUCGUUUGCCUCCCCUUGUCCCCUCUUUUUCCCCUCCCCCUAAUACCUGUCCUCCUGCAUCCCUUCCAGCUUCCAUUCCCUUCAUUCCCCUACUCGUCUCUUUUCCUUCUAUUCCUAUAUUUCCAACCUCGCCCUUUUUUCCCCUCUGUUUCUCUUGUUUAUAUUCCCAUUUCCUCGUCCCUCGCACCUGUUUUCAUUCCCUUUUUCCCCAUAUCCCGUUGCUUAAUAUCCUCCCCUUCUCCUCUAACCCAUUUCCUUGUUGUCCCUCCUAUUUCAAAUCCCCUUUCCCCCCUCAACCCCCCUGUUUCGAUUCCCCUUGUUCCCCUGUCGUUUCCCCCAUCGUUCGCUUCUUUUCAUUCCCCUGUAUCCACCCCCUUUAUCCAUUCCCCUCGUCCCCCCUUUUCCAUUCCCCUCCCUCCCUUGCCCCACAGUCCCCUUGCCGUCCCCGGGGGCUGAGGGGAAAGAGGGUGAGGGAACUUCUGGGCAACUCACGUGGGAUUUGAAAGCCUUCCGGGGCUCUGGGCGGCCCGAGGCAGGACAAGACUUAGGGAGGAGGAGGAUAAGGAAGAGCGAGGAGGAGGAGGAGGAGGAACAAGACCAGAAAUCCAGGAAUCAUCAAGAAGAGAAAGAGGAAGAGGUACUGGAAGAGAAAGCCAGAAAUCAGAGAGGAAAAAAGAGGAGGAGGAAGGAAGAGGAGGAACAGAACCAUAAACUUAGGAUUCAGUGCAAGAGGAGAAAGACAAAGAGGAACUGGACAUGAUAACCAGAAAUCAGAAAGGAAAAAAAGAGGAAGAGGAAGUAAGAGGACGCGGAGGAGGAACAAACAGAAACUUCGGAAUCAGCGCAGGAGGAGAAAGAAGAAAAAGAGCACUGGGCAAGAAUACCAGAAUUCAUUGAGGGAAAAAAGAGGAAGAGGAAGGAAGAGAACCAGAAACUUUGGAAUCAGUGCCGCGGAUUCAAGAGGAGGAGAAGAAAAAGGAGAAUGUUCCGGGAAUGGUAAUGCUUCCGUGCGCCUGGAAUCAGGAAUGCUGGAAAAAGGCAAAAUUGAGUGUCAGAAACAAUGCCAACAACUGGAAUGGAAAAAAGGGAAUCGAGUCUCAGUGAAAGAUAAUUAGAAUCGCAAAACGACUAGAAAAAAAGUGGAAAAUGAAGAGAACAUAAACAAAGAAAAAAAUGGAAGAUAAAAAGGAAAUUGAGUCUGAGUGAAAAAUAAUUAGAAGCUCAAAAUCAAGAGGGAAAAAAAAAGUUGAAAAUGAAGAGGAGAGCAUAAACAGGGAAAUUAAAAGAGGUAGAAAAAAGUGAAAUUGAGUCUCAGGGAAAGAUAAUUAGAAACUGAAAUUACGAAGAAAAAAACAAGAAAAUGAAGAGGGAGACGGAGGAAAAGUUAACCAGUACAAAAAACAUAUCAGGGAGACAUCAAAGGACGUGGUAACACACAAACGCACACACAAACACGCACACUCAAACACAAAAACUCGUAAUAGUGUUGAAGAGGAAGGAAAAAAUAAUAAAGAGCCUGAUGAAUGGACGUGCAAGUGUGUGUUUGUUUUGCUGUGAUGAGUGUGUUGCUAAAAAGAAAAGCAAAAUAACACAACUCAAAAAAACACAACAACCGUAAAAGUAUUAAUGGCAACAGCAUCAAAGGUAUCAGGAAUCGACACCAGAAACGACUAAAAAAAAAAAAAAAAAAAAAAUAAAGCCGCGCAAUGAUGAUAAUGUUAACGAAGAAGAGAAAGACUGAAAGAGAGUGAAGAUAAAGGGUGAAAAAUAGUUUGUGUUUCAUAGUGUGUGUUGCGUCACCAUCGAGUUGUGUUGCCGGAAUAACAAAACACACAACACCCAUGACUUCAACACCGAACCUCAAUAAGAACAACCUAUGCUCAGAAGAGGAGAAAUAUAGUGUGUGUCUUCUGUGUGUUGCAAGUUCGAUUAAAACUGUUCGCACUGGACCCUGAAACACAAGAAAACAAGCAAACCCAGAGGAGAAGAAAGCGUGCAUUGCGUGUAGUGUUGCCAGGAGUGUCGCGUUAGUGUUGAAAGUCCUCGUCCCAGAUAUUACAACACAUGACAACAUAAAUCUAAAAAAGGAGACAGAAGGAAGCGUGUAUAGCUGUCGUGUACUGCCAUCAUCCGUGUUGCAUUAGUGUUAAAAGCCUUCAUACCAGAUAAUAAUACAAACAAGAAUAAAACACCACUAGCCACAACACAAUACACAAAGAUGAACGAUAAAAGAUAAACACGAAGAUAAGUAAAAGAUAAACGAUGCUGAAUGCGAAGAAAGAAGUGCAUGUGUUAUUGCGUCGUGUGUUAAAGUCGUGUAGUGUUCCGUGUGUGUCGUAAGUGGUCGUAGUGUGGUCGUAGCGUGGUCGGCGCGUAGUCGUCAUGGCCUGCAUACGAGCGGCGCAGUCCGACGGGUCCACGGACGACCUGCAUAAAGUCCACCAGAACAAGAACCCCAAGUCCAUAACCCAGAUCUACACGGACUGGGCGAACCAUUACCUGGACAAGUCGAGGAGUCGUCGCCACAUCCACGACCUGCAGGCGGAUGUCACGGACGGGGUGGUGCUGGCCGAGGUCAUUGAGGCUGUCACCGGGCAGAAAGUACCUGAUAUCAACAAGAAGCCGAAGAACUCAACACAAAUGGUGAGUACCCGAGAUGAAAGUUUGUGAUUAUCCUGUUUUUGUGCCUCUCUCUAUUUAUCUUCCUCUUUUUGUUCCUCCUCCUCCUCCUCUUCACCUUUUGUUUCCUAGUGUUCUUUCUCUUUUUGUGUCUUUCU